AUGGCCGCCUCCCCAGACAAGGACCUCACCCAAGAAACAAUCUACGACGAAGAAUGGUGGGUAAAAAACACCCGCGAACACCCAGACAGCCCCAUCACCGUCCCCCUCUCCCCAUCACCACAACCAACCUCUGGAGACUCAGACAACACCGACACCUCCGACCACACAGACACCUCCAACAUCUCCAUCCCCGCCACGGCAAUCCACACCCACGACACAACCGCCGCGACCAUCACAUCCCUCCGGCCGCCCGGGAACCCCCACGCACCCUUAUUCCUCGGCGCACCGCCCGUGAAGCCGGCAAAUAAAGGCCAAUGGGCUUACGUGGAGUACAUCCCCGCCUGGACGGAUCCCCUCUGGAAAGACGGCGAUUCACGCGUACAGGACGAGAAGGACCCGGCGUAUGUGGUGCGCAAGCGCGACUGGACGAAGAGCAUUCGUCCGGCGCAGCUGCCGCAGGAUAGGGCGCAGAAUCCGAGCGCGUUUGCGUUGCGGUACGGGGUGUAUCCUGAUCGACUGGAUGGUAGGUCGCGGUUGACGCCUACGAGGGGUGCGUUUCGCAGGUUCAAGUAUGAUGGGGUUGAGGUUCCUGGUGUGACGGCGGAGGUUGUGAUUAAGCAGGCGGAGGGGUUUGCGCAGACGGCUGGGUUGGUUGGGGUGGAUGGGUUGUUGGAGGUGUAUUCUGGGAUGAGGGGGGGUGGUGGGAACGAGAAUGAGAGGUUUGUGUUGAGGGCGUUGGAGGGGAUGAGGGAUGACGAGGAUUUGCAGAUGAUGAUGUUUCGGGGGAUGACUUCGCAUGAGACCAACGACUACCUCUGGGAAAAAAUGCAACCAGCCCUCCUCCUAGCCUCGCGCAUCCUAACCCACCUCGACAAAAACGAUCCCUACUGGCGCCGCCUCCACGACGUCCUCAACCGCCAAACCAUCGACGGACCCCACGACUACCGCACUCCCGAGAUGCGCAAGAAGAAUCCGGCCGUGAAGUUCACCCUGCAAGAUUACGACGGCGGCGGGCAAAACGCCAUCGUUGACGACGAGACUCGCAAGGACAUGUUUGACGUCCACUUCGAGGUUCUCCACGUUCUGCAGACGAGGAUGCGGUUCAUGCUAUGUAGCGGAUCUAAGGAGGAGGAUAGUGGGACGGCGGGCGUGACGUGUGUUGCGGGUUCAUAUAUCGAUGUGUAUAUUGUCGCCGACGCGUUGUGGCCGUUGGUUGUGCCUGGGUAUAGUGAUGAUGAGAGGUUGUUGCAGGGGUUCUUUUUGGCUUCUACUAUUGUUCACGAGAUUGCCCAUGCGGUCAACUAUGCGCAACAUCUCGUUCUUUUGCCGCCGGCCUGCUUUGAAGUAGAGACCUGGAAAGCUACCCCGGACAAGGUCAAGAAAGUUUCAGAGAUUGGGUCAAAGAUGUUUUCCAAAUUUUCGGAGGGCCACCUUGAGCCGUUCUUCGAGGAUGAGUCGCAGGCUGAGCUGGGUUUUUGUACCGAGAACCGGCUCUUCGGUGGCGUUCACUGGAACAUCAUUUCCCCCGAACUGCCCCAUCUCUUCUUUCUGCCUGCCGCCAUGGCAAUGGAGAGGUGGCCACGGCCCAAAGGCGAUUGCGGGCGUCUCCCCGUCGAAAAGCUCGAAAAGAGCCCGGACAGACUCGUUCUCGACCACAUACCGCUGCUCCCGGACCAAUACUUCUCCCCCACCCGCGUCGCCCACAUCGUACGCCUCUUCACCGAAGCCUUCUGGAACGUCGAGGUGAACAAGUACGGCCCCGCGGCGCUGCGCUUCGGCGGCUUGGACCCGGUCAAGCUCCCCAUCAUCUGGCCGCGCAUCCAGCUAAGCGCCGCGCUGAGAGGUGUACUGGCGCCGAGGGGCGAUCGGGCCCUGGAACUGCUGCCGAAAAGCGACUCGGAGGAGAUGCUUGAAGCUGGCCCGACGCUGCAGCGUUUCUUGUACCAGGCCGGGACGGAGUUUCUGAGGCCGCAUGUGGUGCGGUACCGGUGGGAGAGAGACCACAAACACUUUGUUUACUCACGGAACGGACCUAUGGUCACACACAUGUUUCAGUUGGCUGUCAUCGUGAUUGAGACCCAAAUUGCGUACAAUUUGCGGCAAGGUACCGAGGAUGUUGAUAAUAGGAUAAAGAGCAGAGCGUGGCUGAAGAGCUGGAAGAAAGCUGAGACUCGAAGAUGGGGUUUGAUGCUCGACAGGAGUUUACAACAUUCGCGAUCGUCAUUAAAUGGCAAGCUAUGCCCUUUGCCACAUCGAUCGGUUCAUCCGCUCCAAGAUGAGGAUUAUUUCUGGCAAAACAUCCCCGACCUAGGGACGAGAGCGGGCCAGAGGACAGCGGAAGUACUACGGCGGAUAUACGAGGUGAUCAUCUUCGAGAUCGGGUGCUUUCAGCAGAUAUUUAUCGACAUUUACCACCUCGAUGACGCAGAGCUCGAAGCGUUCCAGACGACGGACGCACCCAAGGACCUGAACUAUCGCCUCACGGUUACAACCGAUCUGGGAGCGGAGGCACUGAGACAGGCCACGAGACUUGUGGCAGACUACGGCGGGACCGGCUUCAUACCCGCCGUCAACAUGGCGGUUCUUCAUGACUUUGUGGGGAAAUUCACCAACAUGAGGGCGCAGCUCGAGGAGAUGAGGCCUUGGGCUGAGAAUCUUUCCGAGAUCAAUCCUUCAAACUAUAACCUCCUGCAACCCAUCAUACCGCGGCUCAAGAUCGCGCGGCGGCCGGCGACGGCGAGGAUGGUCAAGCUUGUGCAAAAGGAGCUUGAGAUGCUUCCUGCGGAGACUUUGGUUGUCAUUGAGAAGUUUCUCAGCUUUGUGAAGACGACGGUGAAGGCUGCGGGCCAAGUCAAAAUUGAUUUGGCGAGGGAUUGGGAGAUGGAUCUGGAUGAGGUGGUUGCCGAGUUCGAAAAGAGGGAUAAGCUUGAUCAGCCUGGCUUGGUGGAACAUGUUACUGACGAGGAAGACCUCGAGGAUGGCCUUGCAAGCAACGAUCCGCUUACUGAAAUCAUCAGGAAGAGGAAGCCCAAGAACCCCUGGAAUGGAGCAAAUCACCCUCCAAAACGACUCAAAAGACCCAGGAUUGCGGCACCGCAGCUUGUUCCACAGCCCCUGUCGCAUCCUACGCCCUUUUCAAAGUACUCUCCGCCCAGGCAUAGGUUCGGGGACACUAUCAAAGCCAGCCGCUUCUCCAGACGCAACAUAGUCAACGCCGUCCCGGACCCGAUGUCCAAGAUCCCAAACGUAUUCGCCAACAUCCCAGACAUAUCCUUCCCUCUAUCGCAAUCUUCUUCCGGGUUCGCGGGAUAUGGUCCAGGCAAGCAGCAGCCGCCGCCACAGCUCCCCACUCAUGCUUCUGUAUUCGGCAGACCUGGGAUCCAGAUCGCAGAGGGCCCCGAGCCGAUGGGCAUAUUCCCCCACGCGUAUGCCUUAUCGGCAUCCUUCACGGAGGACCUCGAGCACGAGGCUAGGGCCCGACUUAUGCUCGCGCAGCAGAGUCCCGCUAACUCUGCGCUGGGGUUCAGGGAGAGACACGGAGCGACCCUGGCCAACGCAUAUCGUGAUCCUGCGCCCCCAAUACCGGACUCCCCUGAAAAGCACAAUAGCGGCGCCGCCUCCGGGUUUGGAUUCGGUGGUGGGUAUCGACGGCGAAGAAUCCCGGAUCCGCAGGAUCAUUCGCCGACUACGGAGGAAGUAUCCAGCUUAUCAAGUUACCCGGGUUCGACUCCGGGAAAAGUGAACAGGGGGAAGGGGGCGGCGGGACCUGGGGACGUAGAUGCUGCAGAUGAAGACGAGAGAUGGGGGACAACUAGCACAAACAGGGCCAGCGCGCUCAAUAUGCAGCGAGAACUAGAUAUGAAGCAAGGGUUGAAGGAGCAUAUUGACGAGCAAAAGCGGCAGCAGCGGGAGUGGCUGAAUAGUCUUGCAAGACAGCAGGCGCCGGCCGGUAUGUUGGAGAUGGAUAUGAGGCCCGACUAUAGUACAGGACCUUUAGGAGGAGGAUCAAGUGCUAGUAUCGGCGGGUCGGAUGAAGGAAGCAGCCAGAGGCCAUCUACUGCUUCUUAUCGGCAGGAGGCAAGGUCUUUGCCGAACGAGAUGGACUGGGUGCCUGGUUGA